AUGCACUGCCGAAAUCAAAUCCUGCGCAAAUUGUCACUCCUUAUUGGAUUUGGACAUUGGAAUGGAGAGAGAAGCAAAAGAACGGAACUCAGCACAGUUGAAGGUAGAUCUGGUGUGGGUCACCACCCGAUAAAGUCAUGCACCCGCCGACCAUCUUUAUCCACCUCCGCGCAAAUGGAUAAUGAGCAAGCAUUUGAGUUUCUCGGUUGCGUUCCUCUUCUGCAGAGGCUUCCGAGCUCGUCUGUGAGGAAGAUAGCUCAACUUGUGAAUGUCAAACGCUAUGUGAAGCGGCUAGAGCCGGGAGAGUAUGUUGUUCGUGAGGGUGAACAUGGUGAUGGCGUGUACUUCAUAUUGGAUGGAGAGGCUCAGGUUGUUGGAUCUGUUAGUGCCAAUGAUGAAAAUCGCCCAGAGUUCCAGUUGAAAAGAUAUGACUACUUUGGUUAUGCUGACAUGCUUAGUGCUUCCCCAAGAGCACGCAACACUACUGCAGCCAAAAUCUAUCUGGAGAGCAGAAAAUGGUGUCGAGACAUGCUCACCUGUGGAGAAUAUAUUGCAUUUGGAACACUUGGAGAUAUCUUCCGAGGAAUUACCCUUCCAGAUGCUCCAAGAUUUGGAAAGGUGUUUGGGGGGCAGCUGAUUGGACAGGGACUGGCCGCAGCGUCAAAAUCUGUUGACUGUCUAAAGGUUGUUCAUAGUUUGCAUGCCUAUUUUAUUCUUCCUGGGGAUUUAAAAAUUCCAAUUACAUAUCAAGUUUAUCGUAUCCGUGAUGGGAAGAGCUUUGCUACAAGGAAAGUAAAUGGAAUUCAAAAGGGAAUUGUCAUAUUCACAUUGCUGGCUUCAUUUCAAAAAGAAGAAUCAGGGAUGGUCCACCAGGAAGUAACUAUACCAUCUGUCCCACCACCAGAUAAGCUUCUGCCAAUGGAAGAGCUACGGGAGAGACGUCUUACUGACCCUCGUUUACCAAUAAUCUACCGGAACAAAGUAGCUACAUCUCAAUUUAUCCCCUGGCCCAUAGAGAUACGGUUAUGUGAAUAUGAAAUGUCAACAAAUAUGACAAAAUCUCCUCCCAGUUUGAGAUACUGGUUUAGAGCAAAGGGAAAACUUUCAGAUGAUCAAGCCUUGCAUAGGUGCGUGGUUGCAUUUGCUUCAGAUCUAAUAUUUCUUCAAGUAAGUCUGAAUCCGCACCGUGAGAAGGGUUUCAGGACACGUUCUGUUAGUCUGGAUCACUCUAUGUGGUUUCACCGAUCUGUAAAAGCUGAUGAUUGGAUGCUAUUUACGAUUUUUACUCCUAGUGCCCAUAGCGCCCGCGUCUUUGUGAGCGGCCAAAUGUUCAACCCGAAGGGAGAGCUUCUUGUAUCAUUGGUUCAAGAAGGACUAGCCAGGAAAAUUAAUCAAGCAAAUUCACCAAUUAAAUCUAAGUUGUGA